GGGAGGGCCGCGGAGCCGCGCCCGGGCGCCGGUCGGAGGGCGCCGGGGCCGCAGCGACCUCGCCGUGUGAUCUCCAGGCCCAGGCGGGGCGAGCUCCGGAGGUCGAGUCACCGAGCUCCCGCCGCUCAGGUGGGGCCGAGCGGAAAGCCCGGCGCAUCCUUCCCGCGGGCAACGCUGUCCCCGCCGGGAUUUCGGGCGAGGUGAGGCCGGGCUCCCCGGCCCCGCGGCCUAGGGCACCGAUCCCCGCCCGCCUGGGGGCAUAGAUCGCGAACAUGGAGGCGGGCUCGGGCGCCGCGGAUGGAAACGGACACACUGAGCUGCCCCAGCGGCUCAGACUCGCGCGCGCUCAUGGGGCGAGACAUCACUUGGCAUCUCGGAUCCAGCCCCGGCCAUUCGCUUGACUAUCCAUCCCUCCAUCCAGAUCGCCAGCACCCCCAGGCCGGGCGUCACGAAAGCCCCUCACUACCCCCCUCGUCCCUCCUUCACCCCCCGGCUCCAGUCCAGAUCCCUUUUACACGCUGCGUUCAUUUUAGCUCGGCUGUUCACAUUUUUAACUCCCUACUAAGAAGUGUUACAAAUAUAACUUGGAGAAAUGAAUCCCGCUUUUCUUCCCUAAGCUGUCUCGUUUAAAGUCCUUAAAGACAGCCCUAACAUCCAAGUACUGAUUACUCUGUCUGGGGUUCUUGCCAUUUGGUUAUCCGUUAACAAUCUCGGUUUGUGCUCGGUGUUUUGUGAUAAAGAGAUGAAAUACGAAUCCAGAUUUAGGAAAAGUUUUCCUAUUGGUUGACAAGACUGUAUUGGAGUAUCCCAGGCCCAUCAGGCGCUUAUUGAUUCAGACUUUUUUUAAACCGUUUUAGAAUAGAUGCAGAGAUAAUUGGAGCUAAGUAUUGUGUGUUUAGAAAUUUGGCAACGUUGUUCAGUUUUUCACUUGUUACGUGCUUGAGUUUUUCCAUUUUUAAAAUGCAUAUUAUAAAUGAAAACGAGAUAAACCUCAAACACAAUUUUUGACUUUUCAAGAACCACAAGAAGUCAUAAAUAGUGUGUUAUAAAUGUUUUUGUCUUAAUGGACUUAGGAUUUAGAGGGUAUGACUUACAUUUGUUUAAUCACAUAUACAAUUAAUUUUAGUAGCAGUUUCUUAAUUUUAGUGUUCUCUGGUGUUUGACUACAUGAUAGCUUCAUCAAAACAUUUGUAAAAUUAAUCUUAGUGUGAUAAGCCCAGGAAGAUGCCUAUUUCAGACUUGACCCCCUGUUCACCUGUUUUCUUCCCAAUUUGGCAUGCUUAUUUCCAGUUACCUAAAUCUGUCUACUUGAUGGUACUAUAAAAAUAGAAUGGCCUGUUGACUAUGUACCCAUAGUUCAAAAUGUUUUAAUAUUUUUACAUGAAAGAGUCUAUUUUACUUUUAAAGUAAGUUACAAGAUUCUACUUCUAGUAUUUGGUCACCAUAAAAGUACUUAAACAUUAUAACCAAAGUAAAAUGAACUUUUAAAUAAACAACAACAAAGUGACUGGCGUUUUUUAGCCUUUAUUUAAUAAUGGAAGUCUAACGGAACUAUUUUAGUAUAAUGGGAAAUAUUAAAGGAUAGGAAACAGAAACUUGGAAUGUUUCUAUACUGAUGGGAGUUUUUAUUAGUCACUUCCUUUUACUAAAUUUUUGGUUUAAUGACCAGACUAUAUAAAAAUACCCUAUUUUAUAUUAUGGGCUUCUCUGGAGGUAGGUUUUCAUGGGUUACCAACGUCUGCAAAAUUGGAUCCCAAGUUGUUAAUAGAAAUUUUAUCUUUAAAACAUUUUUCUUAUUCUACAACUAGGUCUUCAUUCUAGCAGACCACAGUGGUUGCUACAUUAAUUUUAAUUACUAUCACAAAUGUAAAAGUGUUGCUGUUAUAACUUCUUAGUGUGUUUCAUUGUUUUUGUACAUAAAUUUAGGAUUCUUUAAUUCUGAUUUGAUAGCAUUUUUAAAGAAACAAAUAAGAUAUUAAGUAGGGAGUGUUUUCAUCUUUUUACUGUUGGAAUGUAGAAUAACACUAAUCUGCAGUUAUUGCUCAUUUGAAACUGGUAUGCUCUGUUCCCUCUGCAAAUAAUUACUUAUUAUCACUCUAGCUGCUGUGUAAGGCCCCCAACCUCUAAAAGGAUAGAUUAUAAACAGAACAUAGUGCUAAGUGGAAUGUACUAAGUUCCGUGAAAAAAGAAGUGAUAAAUUCAGGUACUGGGGAAUGCCUCAAAGGUAGGAUUUGAGUAGGUAGAGCUGGUUGGGAGUCAUUUCCAAAUGAGACAGUGAACCCUGGCAGGAAAGCAGGGAGUGGGCGGUCCAGUAUGUGGCACAUGGGGCAGAUGAUAGGAGUAGUGAGUGGGUAAGUUGGCAAAUAGAGUUUUGGAAUAUAGUUUUUAUUAGAGCAAUAUUAAGUAAAUAAGAUGGUCAGUGAUUAAUGAAAAUUCAAUCAGGAUUCCAAAUUUAAGCCUAAAAUAUUGAGAUUCCGGGGUUUGAUCAUAAAUCUACCAAAUGUUCUAAAAAAGCUUCUUGUGUUUCAAGUGCUAAUAUGCCUCAUGGACCUGCAGCAUAUGAAAUCUCAUGACUUUACAAAGUGAAAACGUGUGAAGAUUCAACAAAACACAUGUUAUAAUCUCUGCUGCUGUUUUGCAGUUAAUAGUUCAGAGAAAGGAUGAUCAAUCAAGAAUGCGAUUUUUUAAGAAAGAUCUAUUUCACCCCAGAAUAGAUCUCUAAUUUCUUGGUGAUUCAGGAUUUGUUUAAAAUUUUUGUAGGAUUAAUGUGUAAAUUAAAUGUCUGACACAUAGUAAUUUUUGGCAUCUGAUAGCAUAAAGAUAACUUCAGAUAUGUGUUGUGGCGGUAUCAAUUCUGUACUGUUGUUUUGGUUUUUAUAGGUGACACAGUAAUAGUCGUGUUUUUACACUGAUGUGCCAGACAACAUGCUAAGUCUACAUGCAUUAUCUCAUUUAACCCUUGAACACCUUUAUGCAUUGCUUCUAUUAUCCCCAGUCUAUAGAUGCGGAAGCUGAGACACUGAGUUUGAGUAACUUGCCCAAAGUCAUAUAGCUAGUAAGUUGCAGAAAGGAGUUCAGACCCAGGCAGUCUGACUUUAUAACCCAUGAUCUUAACCACUGUGCAAGUUCUGCCUCGAUAGGAUUGUUUUUAGUUUGUUCUCUAAAAAGUGUGUCAUCAUGUAUGUUGUUUUGUUGACAUACACCAUUUGAAAAUUAAGUGAUGCAUAGUGAGUAUGUAAGACGAGAAGCCUUUCCUCUACAAAGUAUGACAGUAAUAGGACAAUACAGAAAUCCUGUCUGGCCAGAUAAGUUGAAGGCAAGGACCAUGUCUUUUUGCCAGGCUGCUUGGGUUCACUAAAGAGACAAAUCAAAAGACAGUUUCAGUCCAGCAUGGCAAAUGAUGUAACAGCAGUGUAGUUCAUAAAAAGGAGCACUUUUCAGUGAAAGCAACAAACAUUUUUAAUGAGUAAUGUUUUUAAUUGAUUUUUAUAACUUUUCUCAGACUAUAGAAAUGUAAUGUGCUUAUUAUGGAAAAAAUUAGAAAAUAUAGACAAGUAUAAAGAAUUUUUAAAACACCUGUAGUCCCAUAAUCCAGAGAUAACUCAUUUAACAUUAUGGCAAAUUUCUCUCUGUUUAAUUAUUCUUAGCAUCAUCAGAGGAUUGUUUUACUUUCUUAAGGGAAAAUGGAAACUAAUUGCACCUAAAGUAUAAUAUACACGGUUUUACAUUACAACACUGACAAUAAUUCUUAUGCCCAGUGAUGUAGCCUGAAGCAGAGCUCGUAAGCAGACACCUGAACAUUCAAAGCAUUCUGCCUUUAAGAUAAGUAUCGAAUCUCUAAGGGUGGAUAUGGAAUAAGUAGAAAAUCGCAUGGUCUUCCUGCUUACCUGGAACAUUUUAAACUAUCUUCCCUCACCUUUUGCCUGGGUCACACCUUAUUCAGGCCUCAGCUUAGAUAUCACUUGGUUUACUGCAUUGUGGUUUAAGUUUGAGAACGCUAUAAAACAUUUAUUGUGCCAAGUAUUGUUCUAAGUGCUGUACAUGUAUUAAUGCACUUAAUGCUGACUACCUGCUUAUGAAGAGGUAUUUCAGUACCUCUUUUUUCAGAGGAGAAUACCGAACCACAAUGUGUUUAAAUAACUUACCUGAGUUCCCACAAUUAAUAAUAGCAGAAUGAGGGUUCCAAUUAAUUUAGCCAGGCUAAGUCCCUGCUAAAACAAAUACAGUCAUGCACUGCAUAAUCAUGUUUUAGUUAAAAACAGACUGCAUGUAUGACAGUGGUGCAUAAGAUUAUAAUAGAGCUGAAAAGUUCCUGUCGCCUAGUGAUGUCAUAGCCAUCUCCUGAUGUCAUAGCACAAGGCAUUACUCGUAUGUUUGUGGUGGUGCUGGUGUAAACAAACCUACGGUGCUGCUGAUGGUAGAAAGAUAAUGAAUGAUUAUGUUACUGGGUUAUUUCCUAUACUAUACUUUUUAUUGUUAUUUUAGAGUGUACUCCUUCUACUUAUACGAAAAAAAGUUAACUGUAAAACAGCUUCAGGCAGGUCUGUCAGGAGGUAUUUCAGAAGGCGGCAUUAUCAUAGGAGGUGACAGUGCCAUGCCUGUUACCGCCCCUGAAGACCUUCCAGUGGGACAAAAUGUAGAGGUGAAAGGCAGUGAUCUUGGUGAUCCUGACCCUGUGUAGACCUAGGCUAAUGUACAUGUUUGUGUCUUCAUUUUAAAUGAAGUUUAAAAAGUAAAAAAUUUUCUAGAUAGAAAAAAGCUUAUAGAAUAAGGAUAUAAAGAAAGAAGAUAUUUUUGUAUAGCUGUACAAUGUGUUUCUGUCUUAAGCCAAGUGUUAUUAUAAAACAGUCCAAAAAUUAAAAAAUGAAAAAGUUUAUAAAGUAAAAAAGUUACAGUAAGAGUAAUUUAUUGAAGAAAGAAAAAUUUUUUGAUAAACUUAGGGUAGCCUAAGUGUAGAGUGUUUAUGAAAUCUACAGUAAUAUACAGUAAUAUCCUAGGCCUUCACAUUCACUCACCACUCACUCACUGACUCAUCCAGAGCAACUUCUAGUCCUACAAGCUUCAUUCAUGGAAUACGGGGUGCUUUGCAUUCAGGAAUACAGAAAAAACAGCAAAGUGGAGUCAAGUACACGUAACAGCUUCAUGGGCUUGAAGGAUCACCUAGGGCAUGACCUCGGCCACCUUUAUGUGGAGAGCAUUGACCCACAGUUAAGUCCAGCUGUACCUUGGUCAACAGUAGAAAAACCAAGUAUGGAUACCGUUAAUGCAGGGAAGGAUGAAAAAGAGGUGUCUGAAGAGAAUGCAAGCUCUGGUGACUCUGAAGAAAACACAAAUUCUGAUCAUGAGUCAGAACAAUUGGGUAGCAUUUCAGUAGAGCCAGGCUUGAUAACUAAGACUCACAGACAACUCUGCAGGUCUCCCUGUUUAGAGCCUCACAUACUCAAGCGCAAUGAAAUUUUGCAAGACUUUAAACCUGAAGAGUCCCAGACUACAUCCAAGGAAGCAAAGAAACCACCUGAUGUGGUGCGAGAAUACCAAACAAAACUGGAGUUUGCACUUAAGUUAGGUUAUUCUGAAGAACAGGUUCAGCUUGUACUAAACAAACUCGGUACUGAUGCUUUAAUCAAUGAUAUUUUGGGAGAACUUGUCAAACUUGGAAAUAAAAGUGAGGCUGAUCAAACGGUUAGUACAAUUAACACUAUAACACGGGAAGCUUCUUCCCUGGAAUCUCAGAGGUCUGAAUCUCCAAUGCAAGAGAUUGUAACAGAUGAUGGUGAAAAUCUGAGACCAAUAGUUAUUGAUGGCAGCAAUGUGGCAAUGAGCCAUGGAAACAAAGAAGUAUUUUCCUGCAGAGGAAUAAAAUUGGCAGUGGAUUGGUUUUUGGAAAGAGGCCACAAAGACAUUACAGUUUUUGUUCCUGCUUGGAGGAAAGAGCAAUCCCGACCUGAUGCCCUCAUUACAGAUCAGGAAAUUUUACGUAAAUUAGAGAAGGAGAAAAUCCUGGUGUUCACGCCAUCCCGGCGAGUCCAGGGGAGGAGAGUGGUGUGCUAUGACGACAGGUUCAUCGUGAAGCUGGCUUUUGAGUCGGACGGUAUCAUUGUGUCCAAUGAUAACUACAGGGAUUUGGCUAAUGAGAAACCAGAAUGGAAGAAGUUCAUAGAUGAACGAUUAUUAAUGUAUUCAUUUGUCAAUGACAAGUUCAUGCCCCCUGAUGACCCUCUUGGCAGACAUGGCCCCAGUCUGGAUAAUUUUCUGAGGAAGAAACCUAUUGUUCCUGAACACAAAAAGCAGCCUUGUCCAUAUGGAAAGAAGUGUACCUAUGGACACAAGUGCAAAUAUUACCAUCCCGAAAGGGGCAGUCAGCCACAGCGGUCAGUGGCUGAUGAACUCCGUGCCAUGUCUAGAAAUACGGCAGCCAAAACUGCAAACGAAGGAGGACUGGUGAAAAGCAACAGUGUUCCUUGUAGCACCAAGGCUGAUAGCACUUCUGAUGUCAAACGAGGUGCUCCAAAGAGGCAAUCAGAUCCAAGCAUAAGGACUCAAGUCUACCAAGACCUAGAAGAAAAGCUUCCCACCAAAAACAAAUUGGAAACCAGGUCUGUACCUUCCUUAGUUAGCAUCCCAGCUACUUCUACUGCAAAACCCCAAAGCACUACAUCUUUAAGCAAUGGCCUUCCAUCUGGAGUUCAUUUCCCACCUCAGGAUCAAAGACCACAGGGACAAUAUCCUUCAAUGAUGAUGGCAACCAAAAAUCAUGGAACGCCAAUGCCUUAUGAACAGUAUCCAAAAUGUGACUCACCUGUCGACAUCGGAUAUUAUUCCAUGUUGAAUGCAUACUCAAAUCUGAGUCUCUCAGGCCCACGAAGCCCUGAAAGGCGUUUCUCCUUAGACACAGAUUAUAGAAUAAGUUCCGUAGCUUCUGACUGCAGCAGUGAAGGGAGCAUGAGCUGUGGGAGCAGUGACUCCUACGUGGGUUACAAUGACCGGUCCUAUGUCAGCUCGCCCGACCCACAGCUAGAGGAGAAUUUGAAGUGUCAACACAUGCACCCUCACAGCCGCCUUAAUCCUCAACCGUUCCUGCAGAAUUUCCACGACCCCUUAACCAGAGGGCAAAGUUACAGUCACGAAGAACCAAAGUUCCAUCACAAGCCUCCUCUUCCGCACUUGGCUCUGCACCUGCAGCACUCCGCUGUGGGCGCCCGGUCCAGCUGUCCUGGCGACUACCCCUCUCCUCCAAGUUCAGCACACUCUAAGGCACCACACCUAGGGAGGUCCUUGGUGGCCACGAGAAUAGACAGCAUCUCUGACUCUCGACUUUAUGACAGUUCUCCUUCACGACAAAGAAAGCCUUAUUCCCGCCAGGAAGGCCUGGGAAGCUGGGAGAGGCCAGGUUAUGGGAUCGACGCCUAUGGGUACCGGCAGACUUAUUCCUUGCCCGAUAACUCCACACAGCCGUGUUAUGAGCAGUUCACUUUCCAGAGCCUCCCUGAGCAGCAGGAGCCAGCCUGGCGGAUCCCAUACUGUGGAAUGCCGCAAGAUCCCCCGAGGUAUCAAGACAACCGAGAAAAGAUUUAUAUCAAUUUGUGCAACAUCUUCCCACCUGACCUUGUGAGAAUUGUCAUGAAAAGGAAUCCUCACAUGACAGACGCCCAGCAGCUCGCCGCAGCCAUUUUAGUGGAGAAAUCCCAGCUGGGUUAUUGAAAGAUGAUGCAUCUUUGUGGUGUUUAGUAGUUUUUUGUUCAGCUCAAAUGCUGAGGGAGGUUUGCUACAAUAGCACAUGUGAUCUCCUUCUCAGCAAGGAGGUUAUAUAGUAUCCAUUUAUGUGAAAUACUGUAUCAUGGAAUCUGUAUGUAUAGCCCCACAUGGUGGAAGUAUCACGGGAUUGCUUUACAUUUAAACUUUUUUUUUUUUUUUAACAUUUCCUUUUUAAAGCUAUAUCCUUGGCUGGAAAUUUUUCCAGUUUGAUUUAAUAGAUGUAUCUGUGAUCUUUGAUAUUAAUCUUUGGUGCAUCAGGGGUUUAUAUGCAGCACUUUUUAUCCUUGUUUUGUGUUUUAUUAACUUGGUGUUUGUCUAUCAAUUGCAAGCAAUUACAAUACCUUCAGAAUGUGGGACAUUUGACUAGACCUAGCAAACUGUUUUUUCGAGCCAAGCUUAGUUAGACUCUUUUACAGCUUUUUAAGUUAUUUUUAUUUGGGGAAAGUGGGCUUCUUUGUGCUAUAAUCAUUAUUUAUAGAAACAAAGAUAUACUACAGCACUGACUUUAUAUUUUAAACAAAAUGUAAGUUACCAGUUUUAUGUUGAAAUGGGUUAUAGUAUAUAUAUAUUAGAAUGAUUUACAAUAUGGCACUUUUCGAUGUGUUAUUUUUGUUUGGAUUUUUUUUCUGUUAAGAAAUUAAUUAAUUUAAUACGGUCAAUUUAAAAGAAAGCAGAUGCAAUCAAUGGAAAAAUAUUUCCAUUUUUUAAAAAUGAAUAAGGCAAAAGCUGUAACUGUUACAGGUUAGAGCUUUGUUAUCCAGCUAUGAUGUGCUUCUUGACAGUAGAAGUGGAAUUGAAUUCCUAGAUUUCCAUUAACCUGUAUUUUUAAUAUGUCUGUCUUUUUGUUUUGGGGCACAACAAUACUGGAUAAAAUAACCCUUUCACAGCACUUGCCUGUUUUUAAUGAAUCUAAUUAUUCACAAUGCAACUUUUAUAUUUAACAUACUCUAGCUUUCCUGCUAUUUAUCAAGGCUGGCCUGAGGUGGGUUUAUGUGUUGAGGAUAUGCAACAUUUCUUGAUAACUGCACUAUAGAAAUGGUGAUGGAGGAGUUGUAAAUGGUAACUUAAAAUUUUUGUAAGAUAUUGUAUAUUUUCCAUUUUCCUGAAGGUAGUUUUCUUGGGGGGCCUGUUAUAUUAUUAAGGCCAGACUCUUGCCACAAAUAGUGUAGUUUUAGAUACAGACUAAGGUCUGUUCUAGUAUUAGUAAGGGAUAUUUCUGGUUUCAAAGUCAUGGGUUUUGCUAGCGGUGAAUACAUUUCUGCAGAGUAGAAGAUAGAUUUUGCAGUCAGUGGCAGACAGUUGUGUGAUUGACAUCACUUGACUGUUGCGUCCAGGUUUUGAAUUGUACUUCAUGUAACAGACGGAUUCAGAUCUUUUUCUGUAGUCUGCUUAGAUGCCCUGGCUAUUCUGAUUAUUCUACAUGCUACAGUUUGAAGUGAAGCCCUGAAAAACCAGAAAGUACCUUUUACUGUUGAUACAAAUUGUAUCUUUUUAACUAUAAGAACUAUUUUGAUUUGUAGAUCUAGUUAAAACACAAGUACGUAAACUAUGAUUAGACUUUUGGGCAACAUUUUAUCCCUUAUUUAAAUACAAAUUUUUAAAGUAAAAUUGAGGUCUAGAAUAGGUUAGAAAAUAAAAAUAACAAUUUAGAUAAAUAAAAGUGUCUGUCUUAGUUUUAUAUAAUAUAUUAAAACACAUUAAAUAAAUUUAUUGGCAUUUUCUUUCUCCUAAAACUUACCUAGUGUGAACUUAAAAUAAAGGUAAAAUGCUGCCUGAAAAUAAUGUCCAAGCACCUUUGACUAGGAUAACAUUUUCACUACUUGUGUGACACUGUGUGUUGCACGAAGUAGGAUUUGGGUAUACAGUAAAUGCUUCUAAAAGGCAUUGUGCAUAUUGACAUAACCAAUAAUCUGAACCGUGUUCAGCAAACUUAAUUCAGGAAAGUGGUAUUCUACACAAUUAUUUCUGUUGUGUUUGAAAUGAGUGUGGCACUCAUCUGUACCCAGAAAUAAUAUGGAUGAGGCCACACAACCCAUUCUGAGUGGUGUCUGUCUGAAAGCAACCCUACUCACAUGUGAAAUUGUUCUCCUUGAUUUGGUUGGUCACUAUAAAGCAAGUUUAAAUGUAGAGGCUAACUCAGUGCCAAAAACAGGGUUACAAAUGUGUAAUAUCUUUUAUUUUAGUCAUAUUCUGAGACUUUUUUUAGUAUGAAAUCUCUUUUAAAUUAUACAUGUAGGUUUUGCUUCCAUUUUGUUCAUUUUACCAUUUUAAUUAUUUGAACAUUUGCCAAACUUGACUACAUUUAUUUAAAUGAGAUCUUAAGUGAGAUGUGUGUGACACUUUGAAUUUGACCUUCUUGUGUUAUUAGCUGACUAUUUGUCAUUGCCUCAUGGAUUUUAAAUUAUGGGAAAAUAGUGUAGCCAGCUUCACCUCUACUGAAGUGAAUAGCUCUGAACUACCCACACUAAAUCCUUCAGUGUAAUUAAUUAUGAGUUUAAAAAUAGAAGUUUUCUUAUGUGAAGAGGACAAUUUGUCCCCUUUUUUUGAAGCACCAAUGUUGCGUUCAGAGCUGUAGAAUGAGAUAAUUGGCAGACUUUAGGUAUAGCCAAUUCUUACUUAUCUAAAGCAAUAAGUCAAAGGAGUCCAUCAUUAAAUUAAAUCCAUAGCUGAUCACAAGCCUUCAUUUUAGCCAAAACUUUCUCUCUAACCAAAUCUUUUACCAGACUUGUUAAUAAAUAACCAGAGAGAUGUGUUAAUAAGUGAAAUUGCCAGAAAUAGUCAACAGAUCGAAAAAAAAAAGGAUUCAGACUGGAGUAUUUUGCCCCUGAAUAAUUGACAGUUGACUGUACUUUACACAGUAAUUAGCCAGUCUGUUGUCUCUGUGUCUUAGUCCAGAGGGAAUAGUACCCAGCUGGCCAAAUACUGGCCCUUAGUAUUUCCUCCUUUCUUGCAUGGGAUACAAACGUUUUCAGUCUUGUUUUUAUGAUCUCUCUAUAUAUCCUGAUAAGAGUUUGUCAUUGACCUACACAUUUGGAAGAAAUGCACACCAGUAUAAUAUAUUUGAUACUGGUGGAAACUUGAACUUUGUGUUUUUAUGAAAAUUCAUUUAUGAGAAUAUGUAAUAUAACUGGAGUAUUUUAUAUAUAUCUAUAUACACAAAUAUGUAUUUGUUAUGAGGUAUUAAAAAAUGGGGGUUGGGGGGAGUGCUUCUGAUGGCUAACUUUAAACUAUGUUUCUUUGAGUGGUGAACAACCAAGUCUGGGGUCUGGAUGGCCAAUGAUAAGAUUUAGAACCACUUGGAUGGAAAGCAGUUCUUCACUGGUUUUAUUCUUGGUAUUUUAAAAGAAUUAUUUUGAUAUUUUUAAUAGAAUGUGUAAUUUUAAAAUACACAAAAAACUUAAAGUAGUAUUGAUUAUACAAAUAAUUAUUUAACAUGUCUUAUGGAUGUAUCUAUAUGUAUAUAGACGACAGUAAUAUAUUUAUAAAACAAAUAUACUUUGCUUAUGUUAUAGCUCUUAGUUUGUGACAGGUGGGAGGAUGGCUCUGGGUGUGUGGGUGUGUGUGUGUGUGUGUGUGUGUGUGUGUUUUGAAAACUCUCAAGCUGUUUUCCCUCUGAUUUACAAUGGUAUUUACUUUAAAGUAUCUUUGGUUUUCAUUAUUCUUUUUGCUCUCCCACUUCCUUAUUCAAUAUAAAAUAAGAUGUACAGUUUUCUGGCCAUUCUGUUGGUGUGUAGUGCACCCAUUUUAUUGUCAUCUAACUCCUGGAGAAUUCCCACGUGACCUGAAAUCAAACAGAUUCUGGCUGGACAUAUGCUUAUGUUCCAAAUAUAUUAAAGAUGGUAAUUCAGCUAACAGUUAAGUUUCCAAGGUAUACAACAACAAAUAAAAUGAGAUAUUAAAAAGAGAUGGAUUACACACAUGCAUUAGAAUAAGAGAAAACAGAGUGUUAAUAAAAGUAAAGAAACAUACACUAUCUUAGCCCCCUAGGGCAGGGGUUGACUUUUUCUGUAAAGGAUCAGAUAGUAAAUAAUACCGGAAUCUUAUGGACUUCAAAUGCCAUUGUAAAAACUACUCAUCUCUGCCUUCAUAGCGUAAGAACAGCCACAGAUAACAUGUAAAUGAGUGUGGCUGUGUUCCAAUAAAACUUUAUUUACAGAAACGGGAAGCCGGUCAGAUUGGGCCUGUGGCCCAUAGUUUGCUGAUCUCAAGCAGUAAAUCCUAGUAUAUGUUAAUAGAAGAAAUCAUAAUUGCAUUUCAGUUGACAUUAAAAGAAAAUCUGGUGGUUUUUGAUGUCCUUCAAAAGAGGAUUGUUAGACAUUCAUAUUAAAGCAUCUUAAUUCAUUUGAGUUUUUUUACCUGUUUACACCCAUUAUUUAUUAGAGAUAUUUCUUGUGUUUAGCCACAAAAAAAGCACUCUGUUAAAAUGUUUUAAUAUGUAUUGAAUUUUUUUCAUGAACUUCUCAUUUCUAUUGAUAAAUGGGAAUCCCUUACCAACCUUUUGUUUUUUAAAAGUCUCAUGGACCAAAAAAAAUCUGUUGCAGCAUUUCAUUAGCCACAAAUACAUUUUGGCUGCAUUUACCAGUUACAUUUUUCUGUUGGUUUUGGCUUCUAAUAAAUGACAUAUCUGCCAUUCUUUAAAAAUGAUUUUAAAGAAGAUAAAUAUAUUGUAAUUUCCCAUGCUAUAGCUUUAUUCUGUAAGAUUAAAAAUUGUGACUAGUAUAAUUGUAGCUGUAAUGUGAGUGGCAUGUUACAAUGUAACUCUUUAUAAGAAAUAAAAUGUAUCGCUACUUUGUCCAGAUCUUUAGGAUUUUUAGAUGCCUUGGGACUGUCCUUGGUGAAUGAUGUUCUUCAUAUGAUCAUAUGUAAUUUUGAAUUCAUUGAAAGUACACGCUGCUGAGCAUGUUCAUUCACAGUGCUUUAUACCGGGUGUUGCAUCAAUAAUCAUUUUCAUAAGAACAUUUAAACAGCAUGAACAUCAUUAUCCACUUAAAUAGUUAAACUUUCUUUUAAAAUGGGAAUGCAACUCUAGGUUUUAACAAUGUUUAUUGUUUUUUAAGUGGUUACUUCGUUUUUCCUUAAUACUUUGUUAACUUACUUAUUACUCCUGUUGCAGUGUUACUGUUAUGUAUUAGAAGUGGCUUUUCCCCGAAGAUCCUUAGUCUUUUAGAUUUAAAGACAAUUUAAGGUAUUGGCCAUUUGGCAGUAGAAAAUGUGCAUGUUUUAACUUAGUUUUAUAAAAUCCGUAACGUUUUACUUCUUGAACCAUGUACCAAAUUUGCCAAUUUUCUGUCCAAGUAUUUUAGAUGAAUAACAAAAUGUUGUUCAUUAAAGCUUUUGCCACCUUUCUUAAAGCAGCUUAUGUUCCAAGGGAAAAAGGCAUUGAAAAGCAAUCGUUCAUUUUUAUGAAGAAUAUGUGUUCAAAUUCCUUAAGUUUUUUUGAAAUUAUAAAUUUCUUACCUUAUGCGAAAUAUUCACAAACGUGCAAACUUCUGCAGAGACAAAGCAUUUCACUGCAAGUGUACCAGGUUAUUGAUUUUAUCUUUUCCUUUCAGGGUUUUUUCCUCCCAAACCAGAGUCGUAUGCUGCUAGUAGAAUUUUUUAUUUGAUCCUGCGAACUUUUCUUAUAGGAAAAGUAAGGCAAAGGAUGUUUAGUGCAACCAUCUGAUAAACUCUGUUCUGUGUAUUUCUGUAAUGGAAUCUUUACAAUUCCCAAAGCAGUAUUUUAGACCUACUGGAAAUCUGUAUCAAAACAGCUAUGUGAUUCUGCCACUGAGAAAAAAUUUUUUUUAAUUCGUUUUUCUUAUGCUGGUUUGUUUUUCUUUAAUGAAGAAAUUGAUCUCAUAUGGCACCAUAGAUGCUAAAUAAAUAAAAGCAUCAUACUUCUCUAGUUUGCCUGCAUUCAGUGGCUAACAUUAUGAGCAUUGUGUAAGAUAAACACAUGGUCAGUAUCAAUGUAAAUGUUAGAGCCAUGAUUAAUUCUUAUGAAAAUUGAAAUUAAAUGUCAAAGACAACUAGACAUAA